AUGGACAAUAUUUAAUAAAGAGAGACACUAGGUCUAUUUUUGAGAUUUACAAGUAUCUGUCAAGUUAGAUGUGGAGUAUUGUCUUCCAAAGAUGAUGUCUUGACAAAAGAAAAUCAUUAAUGUCUUGGUAAUUCUUAUACUCUAUCAAUAGAAAAAUGCACAAACCACCUAAUCGACUCUUUCAGGAAAGUCUAAGACGCUUAUAAAUGA